CUCCCUCCCUCUCGCUCUCAUUCUCGAUCCGCGCUUAGUUCGUCGUUUUAGGGCUUUGCAUCGCUACUGUCUGCUUCUGGGUUUUGCGGUACCCAAAAUGUUGUCGAUUUUAUGUCAAUCUGUCGGAUUAGGUUAUUUGGAUGGUUUCAAUCCGAGCAAAGAGAUGCAUCUUCUGCCUGUUUAUUGAUCGAGUUAUUGGGAUGAUUUGUUGAUGACUGGAGGCAAAAGCCCAAUGUUUCAAUGCUAGUGGUGCAGCAAACACUGACAGAUAGCAAUGUGAUCUGAAUCAUAUGGUCUCAGGAGCAGAGCUAGCAAACAGGGAAGAUAGUUGCAACUGCAAGAAUUAUAUAAUGGUAACAACUUGCAAGUGCAUCCUUUGAGGAUGUACCAAUGGGUGUGCAAAUGUUAAUAGCUGACCAUUCUGGGAGGCUUUAUAGUUUCUACUCGUGGCUGAGAAGACUCUACACUUCAAUUGCAUAAUAGUAUGAUGGUUUGGCACCUGAAUCUUUUCUCAGUUCGUGUUAUAUCUUCUCGUCUUAUGGUGCAUAUACACUAUGAUGAUUCCUGUGUAGUGGUACUUGAACUGAGUGUUUGCUGUUGCAGAACACAAAAAUCAUCAACAAGCCUGAUUUCAUUGCAGAUAAUCUUGGCAAUGGCAUUGCUGGUUAUUAUUUUUAUUUUACAAUAGAUGUCUCAUGGGCAGAUUUGUUGAGAUUGACUGCUUUCAGAGGAUGACACAUCAUAUUUCCAUCCUGGCCUUCUUUUCAGUUGGCAAUCGGUCAUUUAUGAUCACUUGAAUGCUUAACCUGAAUCAGAAUAACUUAAUAUGGAAGAUAUCAUACAUUUUUUCUUCUCGAUGAGGUUCAUGCUAUGGUCAGUGAGCUUUAACAAUGCUGUUAGAAGCUUUUGCAACUAACUGAAACACGCCCUUUGAAUAUACUGCAUCAAGCUAUAUCCGUGGCUUUAUUGUUAUCUGCCCUUCAAGCAUCAUCUUGGAACAGGAUUUUUGGCAGUCAUAUGGAUAACAUCUGAUCAAGUGAAGUUAAAUUUGUUUGGUGCUAUUGGAGUUUUGGGAGAUUUUGUGUCAUGAUGAUUGGAACAUGAUAGCUAAUUAUAAUUAAUUUUGGUGAUUCCAUCCAAAUAUACUACAGGGGAUUGGUAUUACAAGUAUUGGAUCUAUUCUAAGUGGUGAAUCAUGAUGUGUAAUCAUGCAUUGGCAUCUACUCUUUCAUUAGUUGUAUUGGCUCGUCUGUGUUUAUGGCCUAUGGUGUAUUGAUGUUAUUGUGGACCCUCUAAUUCUUGUAGCUAAUUGAAUAACCAUAUGGCUCAAGGUUUUGGGAGAAGGGACUACAGAGAUCAUGAGUUUAGACUCAGGCCUGAGAGAAGACACUCACCUAGGUAUUCCCCCGAAAGAGAUGCCAGGCGUCGUUCCUUUCGUGAUAAGAGACCAAGUUCUGAAGAGAGGGGAUCUAGUCGUUCAAGAUCACCUAUUAGGAAGAGUGAGAGAAAACAUAGCAAAAGUCCUGAUGGUGGAAAAACCGAUUCAUCCAUAAGUUAUAGAAGUUCUGAUAACGAAGACAGAGGAAAAGAUGAAAGGUACUUAAGCAGUGAUGAGAAAAAUGGUCGUGAAGAACAACUGAAACAAAUGCAUCUGGACAUGGAAGUAUUGCGUGAAGAUAAAUCAAAGCUGGAGGCAAUAUUGGAGAAGAAGACUGAUGAAGAGCGCAAACUUUGUAGCAGAGUAGAAGAUCUUGAGUUGCAAUUGAACAAAGAGAAAGAAGAUUGCCAAAGGAUGACCUCCAAAACCAAAAAGCUAAUCAAAGCACAUGGGCGUUAUAUAAAAGCACAGGAUGAUUUAAAGAGGUCUCAGGCUCGCUUUGAGAGGCUAGCAGAUUUGCUUGCUUCAGAUAUUUUGAAGCCUUGUACCAAGGAGCAGGGUUCCAUCGGGAUUACUGCUAAUGAAGAUCUAUAUACUGGUAAUGAAAUGAGCCCAAGUGACCAAAGGCAAAACCAUGUUUCAGCUUCGAGAAAAAGACCUAUUUCCCUCCCAACAAGUGAAGAAGCAAAAACUGGAAAGAAACAGAGAGAGAAUGACGAAGAUAUGAUCCCAACAUCAGAGAACUAUAGACCUGAAGAUGCUCUAGAACAUGUCCAAGAUAGCAAGGGAACUGAUCUACCAGAAUCAUUUACAGUGAAGAAGUUAAGGGAGGGUGACUACGUUGAUGUUGGAAACAUUGUCUCUUCAAGCAAUAUUUUUGCGGAUAGGUACAAGGGUGACGAUGAGGAAGUUGAUGUUGAUUAGUGAGUGGAUGCUGUCAGUGGUUGAUAAUGAUUUGAGCUUUAGGAAGCAAUUUCAACAGACGACAUCUAUGCCAGCUUCUAAAACUACUCGUAUGCCUUUUGCAUCGUAGGGGCUGGUAUAUUUGGUAGCUAUUUAUGUGCUUAGACUGAGUUGUGAUGCUGUCAAACGUGAGUACAUUAUUUUUCUUUUGUGUUUCGUGAGGCUCGAAGAGGAUACUAAUCUGUACUCGCUUUAUGUAUUAUUCCUAGCCAGUUUGAAUAGAGACUUUUGGAUUGGUUGUGUUAUUCUACCUCAGCCUCAGGUUACAAACCAUGCAUCCAUGAUUCAUUUAUCAACCUA